UCAGGCUGUUAAUAUCUAUUAGAUUACAGCGGCAUUAUACUGAGUGCUCAUUUCAGCAGGAGAUUAGAAAGUACAUUUAUAAUGCUGGCUACCCUUUGGGUGGAUCAUGGUAUUUACAUACCAUAUGUCAGCACGAGAUUACAGAAUGAUUUAUGCUUUUUGCCUAGACCUUUCAGUAAACUGCAACCAGCUUCAGUAAACUACGAAGCUGAAACUCCAUUCCAACCUGACUUUGACAAUUCAGCUCUCAGGAAGUACACACAUUUUCAAAAAAUCAUGAAAAAGGCCACCAGCAACCAGUACAAUCAAACAUCAUAUAAAGCAGCGUUUGACGUGCCAUGCCUCAACGCAGGUAAUCCAUGCUGGCUUUUCUCGUUGUCAGGUCUAGCAGGAGAAAAAUUCUUCAUUCCGGGUCAUGAGAGUAAAUAUACACCAACAGAUCCUGGACCACAUAUUAUCUGGGCAAGUACUGGCAGGAUGUUUUCAACUUUCCAGGCCUACACUUGAAUGGAAGAAUCAAAGAAAAAUGUCAGCUGAACUUAAAAGAAAGCAAAAGAACAUAAAUCACUCUUGCAUCCAAGACAAUUCUGUUUUGUUUCUUUAGCUACACAAAUUCUUUGUAUCAUUUUAGGCUAUAGCGAUAUUGCCUAGAAAUCCUGCUGCAUCUGGGAAUAUAAAUUCCUCAAAUGAAAAACAAGGGUAGUUUGUACAGUGGAGUAACAACAGUGGAAGAAUUGAAACAGGCCUUGAGGAUCUCUGCUUGGCAGAAAUAAAACAUAGCUACAUAGUAAGCUCUCCUUUAUUCACUCACUGUAGAAGAAAAGCAUGCCCUCAUUUAUUUAUUUACUCACUCCUUGAAGCUAGGCCUCCCAGUCCUUGGCUGGCAGUCUCACUGGCAGCACAGAUGCCCUUGGUGCCUCCCCUACAGCUACAGGAAGACAAGAAUACUUAGUCUUUAUUCCCUAUUGUUCACAUUGCAAGGGCAAUUCCCUCCAUCACCUAGAAAACAGUAAUACUGUUUUUUUCCUUCAUUGGAAUUUAUGUUUCACACAGUUAUAUCUCUCCUGCUCUCCACCAGGGAAUUAGGAAGAGAUUUUUAAUUCAAAAUGUCCCUUAGCUAGGGAGCAAUGAUAUGAUUCUCUCCUGGACUGUGAGGCUGACAGCAAAACUAGAUCCUCAUCCCCUCCAGAAAAAAAGGAGUAUGAAGUUGUUUGGUUUUUAAAUAUGAGAAGAAUGAUCUUUACAUGCAAUGCUGAUACAAAGGUGUCUCAAUGUAUUUGCCAGUUUUCCAGCAUUCUCUGGCAUCCUCCUCUUUCCACAUAUUACACAAAUACACACCCUGCUAACUGCUGUCACAUGCAAACAAUUCAGUAGAAAAUGCUCCUUAAAUAUCAAUAGUUUUAUCCUUCGACCCUCCUGCUUCUCCCCUUUAUGAUAAGCCAUUUUAUGUCAAUUGAGAACAAACCUUGUGUUGAACACCUCAACAGCAGCAUCAAUCCAACAAACAUAUUCCAUUACAGGAAAUACCUGGUUACCUAAGACAUAAUCCGGAAGGCCUCGUAUCUUUUAUUUUGCACAAAAAGCUUCUUAUAUUCACCUGCACAGGUGAAAUCUACUGAACUAAACCUAAAACUACCUCCCCACCCUGAUACAAACUUGUUUUUAGGAAACUAGGUUUUAUUUUAAGUGAAAAGAAAGCACAUGAAUAUCAUAGUAUAGUGUGUAAAAACACUCAUUCUUAAAAAAUCUGGAACAGGAAUAUGUAAUUAUUGGGUUGUUGCCAAAAGAAAUCAGAUUCUUUGGAAUAUAUAAUGGUUAUAAAUUAAAAUAAUUCUAGAACAUUUCCCAAUAAGCCAAAAUAUGUCAGAUGUCUUGAGGUGAAUACUGGUUAUUUUCCCUACUUCUAAAGCAAACACACUGAAUAUAUGUUAUUUCUAAAGCAUCCUCAAUUUAUAAUUACAAAAGCGUCUCUGCUUUGCCAGUUCUGCAGAGAAAGAUAGUCUAUUGGGUAUGUAGAAAGGAAUUUAAAAGGGCAUCAAAAUUUUAGACUUCUCACCAAAUAUAAAUGUAACCUCAUUUAAUUAUGGAAACAGUUUGAGAUAUGUGCCUUGGAAGUAGAGAACUGCAGGGUUUUUAAAAUACCAGAAAAAAAAAAAUGAGUAACAUUAUAAAACAUUUAACUCAAAAUCAGAAUGGUUCUUUAAUAAUCGCAAAUGAACUUUUUACAAUAUCAAUUUUCUAACUUUCUGGGCACACUUCCUGGUAAACACGUGAGUGUCCUCUGUGAGUUACAAAGAGUAAGUUUUCUGUGUUAUACAGCUAAAAAAAUCUGGACAUUCUUAACAACUUGGCAUCACAUCUUUUUUUAAAAAACAGAUCACACAAUAAUUUAGACAGCAUUUAUAGCAUUAUAAAAUCAGAAUCCCCCCUCUUUAAUUACUCACAAGAACAGCCAUUAAGAAUACAACAGCUUUAGGAAUACAAACAAUGAAGAUGUAAAACUAUCUGUGCAAAACUGCAUUAUUUUUACUGUCUAAAAUUUCAGGGAAGUAACACCGCCAAAAGCAGAGAGAGGAUAACAAACAGUCAUGAAAGUAAUGCUACCUUAGAUUUUCAAACAGGAAUUACAUUAUGAAGUAAAUAUUAGAUAAAGAAAAAAAAAAA